AUGGUAGAGUUUGCCAUCAACAACUCGGUGCAUGCGUCCACGACACAUACACCGUUUUACGUGAAUGGCUUGCGCCAUCCGCGUGUACCCACCUUACUAGAGUGUAACUCUGGUUUAAGGGGGAGAGGGACUCGCGCGAGCAAAAACCGAUUUGGUUCACGCUCAUCACUCUCUGACGAUGAGGUCAGUGCGUUUGAUGCCGAUAUCGAUAACAUCGAUAUCGAAGAAGAUGAUGCCAGUGAGAGUGCGGAAGCCCUCACUGAAGAAAAGGUUGAUGUUGCUGCAGUGCGCUCACAGCACACUGAAGCUAACGAGUCAUCAGAUGAGUUUCAUACUGGCUCGUGA